AUGCGAACCUCAUCCUCGUUGAGUCUCUUGGCCCUCGUGGCCGCCGCCCGAGCCUGCGACUCGGUCUCGCCCUGCCAAAAGUCGGCCGACGCCGUCCCCGUGUGCGCCAAGUCGUGCAUCGAGUCGGCCGCCGUGACGGCCGCCAAGUGCCAGACGGCCGACUACGCGUGCCAGUGCUCCAAGAGCGACGUGAUCCAGGGGGCCGCGCUGGCGUGCGUCACCGACGGCUGCGGCCUCGAGACGGCCCUGCAGGUAGUGACUUCGGUGCAGGCUUUGUGCAGCUGCGUCACGGCCAGCCCGACGACGCCUUGUACGAGCGCCACGGCCACCACGACACCGACGGGCGGCCCCGGCAGCACCUCGACUGGUGGCUCUGCUACCCCGACGUCGACGGAGACUGUGUCCAGGACGACGACGUCCUCGGGGGGCAGCUCGGGGACUGGAAGCAGCAGCACGGGGCCCGUCACCUCGUCGUCGGGGGGAGCCACGACGACUGUUGUGCAGACGGACACGACCACGCUGCCCUGCUCGACUUCUUCCGCCAGCUCCGCCCCCGGAUCCGCCUCCUCGUCCUCGUCCGGGGCAGAGACCUCGGCGGUCAGCACCGGCGGUCAGCCUUGCCCUGGAUGCACGGGCGUCAAGACGUCCACUACCGCCGGAGGUAGUGGCGGCGGCGGCGGCGGCGGCAGGAGCAGCAGCGGUGGCGCGUCCCCAACCCAGAGCGUGCCGGUGACGGCCUCGGCCGGCCGCUCUGAGCUCAGUAUCGUGGCGGCUGUCUUUGCCACGUUCUGGGCGGUUGCGAUUGCUCUUUAA